UGUUGUGUAUUUAUUUGAGCAUAAAUGUUCUUGUUUAUAUAGAAGUCUCUUUGUAGAAAAGUGUGACGAGCAAAGAUUUUAUCGUCUAUGAAUUGUGAUUAGAAAAUUCAUUUUAGAUUCACGAGGCCAAGAAGGUCGCUGCAAACAUUCAGAUUCGUUUGCAAGAAAGAUCUCUUUUAGUGCUUCAAAUAUCCAUCAGGACUUUUCAGUUAAUUGUAUUUUUCCUAUUAUGCACGCCUUUAAUCAAAUCCUGAACUGGAAUUAGAAUAAAAACGGUUUUGUCUUAAGAUUAACGAUGCUCAGUCAGCUCGAAAAUCCUGUUGUUUUUUCUCAUUACAUUGCACGGAGAUAAGCCAGCCACUAGGAAUCACUUGUAAGAGCUACACUCUUUUUUCAUAAGAACCAGUAAAUUUAAGUUCAGGCUGACUGUUCUUAAUUUUUUUCGAAAAUCUGAGGCUGGAUUGUUCUUAAUUUGUUCUUAAUCUAAUAGGGUGUAAGCAGUGCGAGUGCUAGCUUUUUCGCUCUAGGGUGGUGUAUAGGCCUCAUUUGCCAACAAAGCGCGUGAGACAGCCGUAAUUUGCUGACAAAUUUGAAUAUUCACCGAAAAAGCACCCACACAUCGCUAAAAAUCCUUUGAGAAAAUCGUUGUUCAAAAUUGCAGUUUGCAGAAGCUCAGUCUCACAUUGUUCUUAAUUUGUUUUCUAACUUUUGACCAAUUUUGAGGCUCGUGUUCUUAUAAAAUUGUUCUUAUAAAAAAAGAAUGUAUACUGUCGAUGUAAAUUCGACCUUGAAAGGUAAUUUUUGUAAUGUCUAAUAAAUGGUAUCUACUACUCUUAUUCCCCAUGCUUAGAUAUCAGAAACAUAUCCCACCAGCUUUGAACUCUUGCAAACAUUUGAUGGGCUAAUCCUAGAGCAUAGUACGUUGUUUUCGAUGUCAUUUUAUUUCAAAUAAAAAAUCGUCGGACAGCUGCAAGAUAAAGCACGUUAAAUCGCUGUUUAAUUAGAUUUCUUUUCAACGCUCUAUUCUACGGUGACUCUAAGGACCUAUUGCGCGACCUUACCCGAGAACCCUACCUAUUGCGUGUGUGUAUGGCAGAGGGCAAUGGGGAAGUUUGACGCCUGCAUUGGAAAAUAUUGUGUUGUGUUGAAUUUCAGAUAACCACGAUGUUGCCGAUGCUGGAAUUUGUCAACUCCAGGAGGCUAAAGUCGGAAACAACGGUUUCGAGAGCACCUUUCUGAUAACCUUGAAUCGAAAUAUGACAGAAUCUGCUGCAGGCAAGACUGGCAUUGCUGCCGAGUCCUAUGGAACAACUGCCUUUAUUUUGAAUAUAUCAUGGAUGUUAGCCCUGUUACUUGGCGUCUGGUUGGCUGGUAGCUGUGGCUUAAGCUUUGCCUGGAUAAUUAUUAGCUGCGUUGUUUUGGCUACGUUUUUCAAACAAAGAGCAGAUAGAAACGUUAAACGUACUCUGGCUAGAGCAAUUGCUAAUGAAAAAGCGGCUAUUAAACUUUGCCCUGAGUUACCAUCAUGGGUGAAUUUUCCCGACGUAGAGCGUGCAGAAUGGUUGAACAAGGUUAUUCGUCAAGUGUGGCCGUUUGUUGGGAAGGCCCUGGAUAAGAUGCUGCGAGAAAGUGUCGAGCCAGUGCUCAGGACCAAGGUCCCAUCCACGCUAAGCGGUAUUCGGUUUGAUACUAUCAGAAUAGGUGAUCUUCCUCCGCGAAUUGGAGGCAUCAAAGUGCACACUGACAAUCUAAAGCGUUCAGAGGCGAUUCUUGAUGUGGAUAUAAUUUACGCUGGCGAUGCAAAAAUUAUUCUGGCUACUAAAGGGGUUAAGCUAGGCGUGGAGGACCUAGAGAUACGAGGGACACUGCGAGUGUUGCUUUAUCCACUCAUCCCAGAUCUUCCUCUUAUCGGUGGGUUGACCAUGUACUUCAUCAACAGACCUUUGAUCAACUUCGACUUGACAAACGUAUUGAAUUUCCUCGAAACACCAGGAGUCAACACGCUUCUACGCAACGUUAUUGAUGAUGCAAUCGCCAGCUUCGUCGUCCUUCCAAAUAAAAUCGCAAUAUCCCUCUCGGGUCAAGUCAACAGUGGUGAGCUUAAAAAUCGUCUUCCCGAUGGUGUGCUCAGAAUUAAAGUUGUUGAAGGUGCUGAUCUUGAGGCCAAGGAUUUAAAAUUUCUUGGAAGUAGUGGCACUUCAGACCCCUAUAUAACAUUGACAAUUGGAGCAGAAAAAUUUUCAACCACCAUCAAGUCAUCGACGCUAAAUCCGACCUGGAACGAAACAUUUGAGGUUCUUUUAGAAGAAAGUAGCAACAGAAAGAUAGAUGUGACAGCCUUUGAUAGGGAUCGGCUUCCGUCUAGGGAUGAGAGUCUUGGAGAUAAAAGCUGGGCACUGAGCAAGGUGAUUGAGACAGGAUAUCAGGAUGUAUGGCUUGCUCUAGAUCAUGUUAAAUCUGGUAAGAUCCACCUGCAAAUGACUUGGUUCACUCUGAACUCGUCCUCAGAAUCUGUGAAAACUGCUGUUGGGACCACGCCUUCUAAAAGAAGCACUUUGACUAAAGCCGUACUGAUUGUUCAUAUUGAUUCUGCCUCGAAUCUACCAAGAAGCCGCCACUCAAAUUCGGCCUGCAAUCCAGUUUGUAAAGUGAUUGUCGGCAGUACGACCUUCAAGACUCACAAGCUCAACGAAACUGUUGAUCCAGUUUGGGAGCAAUCGCUUGGUUUUCUGGUCCGGGAGCCGGAGCAACAAGACGUAAAAUUUCAACUUUGGGACCAUAAAAAAGACCGUCUACUCGGUUCGUUGACCUUUAAAAUCCGCAGCCUUAUGAACGAAGAUGAUAUGAGUUUAAAACAAUCGUUUCCUCUUGAUGACUGCAGCACAAAUGCAAAACUAACUGCUAAAUUGACUUUGAUGGGAUUAAAUGAGCCUGUCCAGCCCACGGAUGAAGACGAAAAUUUUGUCAUAGUAGGAAAUGAAGGAAAAGAAGAAAUCUUGCUGGAUCCCAAGUCGGCCAGAGAAGCUACGACCCCAACCACGGAAGAAAGCAGUGGCUCAGGAGAGAACCAUAGUCCUUCAAAUAAGAGUCGCUCGAACGGCAGUCCUUCUAACGGCAGCCCACCGAAUGUCAGCUUUGACGAAGUAUUCAACGACAGUAAUGAGUUUUCAAGGUCAACUUUAGAUAGAACCGGGUCCGGGAAGAGCGACGCAAGCCGGUCAAGAAUUGGUACUUUCAUGCGAAGGGCCAAACUAUUCAGCAGCUCCUCUGCGCUCAAUGAUGACUUUAGGGCAACGAGCCCUCAGGGAGAAAUUAAAAUCGCUAUUGUUUAUCGCCAAGUACAGAAAAGGCUUGUUAUAGGCGUUUUCCAGGCUCGUAUCUUUGAAACUGGGCAAAACCCUGACGAUAACAACAACAUAAAUCCUUAUGUCAGGAUUUAUUUGUUACCAGACCGUUCGCGGAGCACUCGUCUCACAACUGAUGUAGCCAAGCGCACAUGCAAUCCAGAAUUCAGUGAAACUCUGUGGUACGGGAUCGACUCUAUCGAAACAUGCCGAGAGAAAAAGCUAGACAUUAUGCUUAAAUCAGAGACACCGUUGCUGAAACGUGCUAAAGGCAUGCGUUACGAGUUAGGACGUGCGAUUAUUGACUUAGCGAAAGAAGACUUAGCGAGCGAGGAGCCAGAAUGGCGGACUCUUUACAAAGUUGAGUCAGAUUAGGUGAAAUUCGAAUAUUUAAAAAAUAAAAAGAACAAUAGGGUGAUCAGAUUGCUCUAAGGAGGGUGUAGCUUUACGAAGCACUUCAAUGAGCAACAGUAACAAUUCAGCUAUGAAGUAGAAUUACUAAAAUGUCUAGCGCUAUAUGCGGGUAAUGGAAUAAACUGUAGUUUUGAGAUAUGAGAAGUCUCAAAAAAGCCUGAUUAGACCUAAUAAAGUACCUUGACUAUCGACAAAGGAUGCCUGGAAAGAACAGUGUUUUUUUCUCAAAACUAAAUGUUUUUGUCAAUUUACACCUUGUUUUCUAUUGCCAAACAUUUGCAAAGUUUAAUUUUACUUCAUUUUUAUCGUUAAAAUUUUGUACAUUUUUAACUUCAAUAGUGUAGAAAUAGAAAGCAUGAAGGCUUUAAAAAACUGUAUCCCUUCAACAAUUUUUUUAACCUUAGACCAGGUAGUAUACGACACUCUUACUGUAAAAUUUCGAAACGUCUAUGUACCUCACCCUGGACACCAAUGCAUUUUAUAAAUUCUCCACUUCAAUGUACGACAUCGACUUCGUUUUGAAAAAUGCUGCUGAUUCUUGUGAAAGACGAGAAGCACAUUAGAUUGAUUUCAAUUUAGCUAGCUUCCGUUCUUCUUUUGACCGUCAAAUUGCUUACAUGUUGUCAAUAACAAUAACAAUCUUUUCAAGGUACGCACUGCACUUCCAAAUUAAAAAUAGGCCUAAAUUUUCUUGAUUUUCUAGUCACAAAAAUACGAAAUGGCUUUACUUUUUGCAUAUUAAAGCACUGAAAAAUGUUACAAAAACCAACCUGUUGACAUUUUGGAAAAUAUAUUGAGGAAAUGCAUCUAGAUCUUAGAAGAGGGAAUUAAAUGCCAUGAUGAUAUGUUAGCAUUUUGGUAUUCAUGAUUACUUUUGGUAUUGAUAAAAACACUUUAGAUUGACACA